AUGGAAUCAGUAAUAAUAACUGGAGGACAAGGAUUCAUUGGAAGUUGGGUUGCAAGAGAACUAUUACUUGGUGAGAAGAAGUAUAAUGUUGUAAUAGUUGAUGUGAAGCCAGAUGAUCAUAUUUUGAAACAGGUGUUGACAACUGAUCAAUUGACAAGGAUACAAUGUCAUUACAUUGAUAUUGCCAACACGGCACAAGUGAACCAAUUGGUUCAAACGGUGCAGCCUGCAUUCAUUGUUCAUUUGGCCGGUCUCCAGAUACCAACAUGCCGAACAAACCCCAUCCUUGGAGCUCAAGUCAAUGUCAUUGGUACUCUCAACGUGUUUGAAGCCGUUCGUCAGUUGCCCAACAAGUGUCCCAUCAUCUAUGCAUCGAGCGCAGCAGUCAGCGGUCCGAGCGAAGACUACGAUGGACCAGUCACCGACACUGCUCAUCACCACCCUCUCACGCACUAUGGCGUGUUCAAGCAGGCCAACGAGGGAUCGGCACGCGUCUUCUGGAUGGACCACCGCAUCCCGAGUGUUGCUCUCAGACCCUUCACCGUGUAUGGCGUUGGCCGUGAGGUAGGUGUCACGUCCUCCCCCACCAAAGCAAUCAAAGCCUUCCUUCUGGAGCGUGACUAUGUAAUACCAUUCAGCGGACCACUGUGUGUCAACUAUGUAGAGGACAUUGCACGUCUGUUUAUAGAGUUGGGCAGAUGUAAGCUUGAGGGCGCCUACACCUGCAACAUCAAAGGUGAUGUACUCGACGUUCAAGAUUGGGUAACAAUGGUCAAGCAGCUAAAGUCACAACAACCAACCACUAUCAAGGUUGAGGGUGGCAAGCUUCCAUUCCCAACAAGCUUCACAGAGGAGACACUUGCCAAACUACUUGGUGACGAACGUAUCAAAACCACUCCACCAAACAUUGGCAUCAAGAAGACCUACGACCUAUUCCUCUCGCUUCAACAACAAGGUCUAUUAGACAGCAGAGACCUCUAA